AUGUUUACAAACAACAAACAAUUUUCAACAAGAGAUCUUCAAAAUGAAUCCAUAUGGAAAAUUAAUAGCAAUGAAGAUGAGUUUAACUUUAUUGACUUAAUCAAAGGAGUGGCACCUUUAUCAUUGGCCAAGAUUAUUAACAACUCUUCAAAAAACAAAAGUAUAACACAAAACAUUAUUUCUGUUUUCUUAAAUAAUAUUUUCCUAGAUAUAGAACAAUUUAUAUGGUCACCUCGUUGUGACCAAUUUAUUUUAGAAGAAGAACAUGCUGCUUCUGGUCAAGAUGGAGUUCUUAAAUCUAUAAUAUUAGGGGAGGAAUGGUUACAAUAUUAUUCAGUCAAGGGUCACAGUGGUGACCAUUUUAACGACAAAGUGGAUGAAUUAGCCAGAUUGAUGCAUGGUCAUGAUUCAUUACCAAUAGCUUUUAUUCCAGACAAUUUAUUCUCAAUCUCAUAUAUUCCAUUUAAAUUGGUUAAAAUGUUUACAAACAACAAACAAUUUUCAACAAGAGAUCUUCAAAAUGAAUCCAUAUGGAAAAUUAAUAGCAAUGAAGAUGAGUUUAACUUUAUUGACUUAAUCAAAGGACAAUUUAUAUGGUCACCUCAUUGUGACCAAUUUAUUUUAGAAGAAGAACAUGCUGCUUCUGGUCAAGAGGGAGUUCGUAAAUCUAUAAUAUUAGGGGAGGAAUGGUUACAAUAUUAUUCAGGUUCUUUAAUAGAUUAG